CUCCGUCAAACAGCUGUACUAAUGUGAUUCUUGUCUUCAUUUUCCACAAACUUUUUGCAUCACUUCAUUGCACUUCGCAUCGUUCUUCUCCUCCAUUUACAUCUCGGCAUAUUAUCCCUCAAAUAAAAAAAAGAAAAAGAGAGUAUUCUGCAUAGUGCAGUGAGAGCAAAUGUCACGAAGGACAGUAGUCCAUUAUGGACCCGAUUCGACCUCCAGUUCCACAUUUUCGACUAGAUCCAAUGCUCUGCCUACUACCAGAAGCAUAAGUCUUUCUAAACGUGUAGCCAAUCAUUCCAACGACAUUGUCGCUUACUUCCAUGAUGAGGAAGUUGGAAACUAUCACUAUGGGGAGCGGCAUCCAAUGAAGCCACAUCGACUUACUUUGACUAACCAUCUGGUGAUAGCGUACGAUCUACACAAGAAAAUGGAAGUUUUUCAGCCUCGUAGGGCAACGGAUGAGGAGAUCAUGGACUUUCAUGCCCCAGAUUACAUCGAUUUUUUAAAAAGGGUCACACCAGAAAACAUGAAUAAUUUCAGUAAAGUUUUUAGUCGUUAUAAUGUCGGGGAUGACUGUCCUGUUUUUGACGGCAUGUUUGACUUUUGCAAGAUCUACUCUGGCGCGACUAUGGAUGCGGCCCGCAAGUUGACUAAUGGCUCUGCUGAUAUCAGUAUCAACUGGUCUGGAGGUUUGCAUCAUGCUAAGCGGGUUGAGGCAUCAGGCUUUUGUUAUGUUAAUGAUAUUGUUCUGGGGAUCUUCGAAUUACUUAGACAUUACCCUCGAGUUCUCUAUGUUGACAUCGACAUUCACCAUGGGGACGGAGUGCAGGAGGCGUUUUACGCGACGGAUCGAGUCAUGACGGUUUCUUUUCAUAAAUACAAUGGUGACUUCUUUCCGGGAACUGGAGACAUCGACGAGAUUGGAAGCGGGAUCGGGAAGCAUUAUUCACUGAAUGUGCCACUCAAAGAUGGUAUUGACGAUGACUCCUACAUUUAUUUAUUCAAGUCGGUGAUGGAAGCAGUUAUCAAUUCAUUCAGGCCUUCCGCGAUCGUCCUACAGUGUGGCGCAGAUUCGCUAGGAUGCGAUCGACUAGGAUGCUUCAACUUAUCUAUAAAGGCGCACGGAGAAUGUGUUCGAUUCAUAAAGGACUUUAAGUUACCGCUAUUAGUGCUUGGUGGAGGAGGAUACACGAUUCGAAAUGUGGCAAGGUGCUGGGCUUAUGAGACAUCCAUUUUAGUGGACCAUGAAGUCUCAAAUGACUUGCCAUACCAUGAGUACAUCGAUUAUUUUCAACCAGAUUACAAGCUUCAUCCACAUCUUUCUGGAAAAGUAGAAAACAUGAAUACCAAGCAAUAUAUUCGGAACCUUAGGAUCAAAGUUCUGGAGCACCUCAGGUUUUUAAAUGGUGCACCCAGUGUUCAGAUGCAAGAAAUACCUCCAGAUAUUCAAGGAUUCCUGGAAAUGAAUGACGAAGAAGAGGCAGAGCUGCUGGCUGACUCUGCUAAGGGAAAAGAAGAAAAGGAACAACAGCGUACACGCGAUCACCAAAAUGAGUUCUUCGAUAGCGAGCGUGACAUCGACAUGGAGGACGAGAGCUAG